AUGAAGAUUGCCAUCAUAGGCGCUGGCAUUGCGGGAUGUGCAGUGUACCUCGAACUGAAGAAGCAUCUCCCCAAGAGCAGCUCGUCCCUUGAAGACCACGAAAUCACAAUAUAUGAGGCCUACGAUACAGGCAAAGAUGUCACGUCAGACGAUCGAGAAGAAGGACCGACGCAUUCGUCCACGCUCAUUGUCGGCGGCGGAGUGGGCAUCGCACCCAACGGGCUCGGUGUACUUCAGCGUCUUGAUGAAGCCAUCCUCCGAGAUGUGACACGCCACGGAUAUGUCACAGCGCGAUCCAACAUGAAGAAUAAAAACGGUAGUUUGCUCAUGUCCAUUGACGCCAACAUCUCCACUACCAGCGAGUCGGGCAGUGAGCCGAAAAAGCUAAACAUGGUGGCAUGUAGUCGUCAUGCACUCUGGAGAUCUCUGCGUGCUCGCAUUUCGGACGCGGCCAUUGUCAAUAAGCGAGUGUCGCAAGUCGUUGCCAACCCGAAUGGUAGAAACAUUGUCCAAUUUGUUGACGGAAGCGACCCUGUAGAGGUAGAUUUAGUGAUUGGUGCCGACGGUGUCAAAUCAAUCGUCAAGAGAGCUCUAUUUCCCGAGGCGUCAGAGGAUCCAUAUCCUCCCCAUUAUGAGGGCCUUGUCGGCAUUGGAGGUUUCAUCCCAGCAGCCGGCCUGGAAGAAUUUGUAGAGAAUGGAUCCAUGAACUUCAUCUUUGGAGGCAAUGGCUUCUUUGGAUACUUUUUCUCGGACAGCGACCCUUCGGAUACUAACCGCGAAUCUCCUUACGCCGUGUCUAAGCCGGGUGAGACUCUGGCUUGGUGGUCCACAUACGAAAUCCAAGAGUGCCCGGAUCGCAGUACUCUCGACAUGAAAGACGUCUCCAACCGGCUGCGCGAGAGACACGCCCAGUGGAAAGAUCCAGUCAUUCAGCGAGUCAUCAAAUCUGCUCGAGUCACAAAUAUGUAUCCCACUUGGACGUCGCCACCGCUGCCAACCUGGGAGCGUGAUGGAGUUGUCCUAGUUGGAGACGCAGCUCAUGCCCUCCCUUCGAGUUCCGGACAGGGCGUCUCUCAGGCAUUGGAGGACUGCGAAUCCUUUGUGAUGUUUCUCGCACAUCAGCUUGGCCGAGCAGACUCAAGCGGCUCCGUCACUGAGAAACAAGCCGUCACCAAGGCCGCAAGGCAAUACAUCAACCUCCGCAAGCCGCGUGUCACAGAGAUAUUGGAGAAUGCACAGAGGAUUCAGAAUACCAAGCGCGACAUGGGUAUCAUCCGGGAGUACGCAAUGUACUCAUUCUUCAAGCUUCUUGGUAAGUAG